AUGCCGGCGCGACGGCUUUGCAAGACCUGCACACCCGAGCGGCUCUUUCCCGGACGCGCGGCCCUGGCCGAGCACCCGCAUCUCCGGAGUGAACGAUGCGCUCAGUCUACGGCCUGGGCCAAUGCCCUGCAGACUGUCAGCGCCAUCGGGCAGGAUGCGACCCGUCCCAGCGUGGUGACGUGGACCUGCUGCAUAUCUGCUUGCGGCAAGAAGCUGCAUUGGACAUCGGCCGUGUCACAGCUGGCGAUUCUGCCAGACUCCGUCACCUGCAAUGCAGCCAUCAGUGCCUGCCGCACGGCAGCCCGGCCGACUGACGUUUCCUACAACGCGGCAGAAGUUGUUUGUGGUGCCGCCGGCCAGUGGCGGCCCUCACUUCAGAUGCUGCAGGAACUGUUGUGCUUGGCUCUUCGCCUAACCCCGGUAUCCUUCAACACGGCGAUGACUGCGUGCUCCCGUACUUUGCGCUGGCAGAAGGCGCUGUCUGUGCUUGGGGAGCUCACGCCGAAACGCCUGGCGAUGACGGCCGUCUCCCUGACGGCUGCCAUCACUGCCUGCGCCGGCGCCGGGCGCUGGGCUCAGGCUGCUCAGCUGAUGGUCCAAGCGCGCUCCAGAGAGCUGGAGCCCACCCUGCUGAAUUUCAACGCGCUCUUGUCGGCUUUUGCCCAUGGCUCCGAGUGGCAAAGGGCUCUCGACCUGCUCGGAGACAUGGUGGCUGAAAAGCUCGAGGUCGACUCGAUCUCCUUCAACACGGUGUUGGAUGCGUGUGGCUCGGGCGGGAUGUGGCAGCUUGCUUGGCGGCUCCUGGGCUCCAUGCAGAGGCGUGUCCCGCGCGUCCCACCCACUGUCAUCAGCUUCAACGCGGCGAUCUCUGCAUGCUCGACAGGAGGUCUUUGGCCUCAAGGACUGUAUCUGCUGAGGGACAUGACCAGCAGAGGCUUGCUCCCUGAUGCUGUCACCAGCAUGACGAGCAUGACCAGCCUGGCUCUGGACGCUUCGGGCACGAUGGGCUGGCCGCGCGUGCUUGCCCUCCUGGCUGCCCGCAGGGAGCUUCAGCUGGAUUUGAUCGCCUUGCAAGCUGUGACGGCUGUGCUCAGCUCUGCUGAGCAGUGGCAAUCCGCCCUCAUCCUCCUCGAAGCGUCAGAAGCGUCAGGGCACGGGGAAGGCAACGGGGCCGCCUUGGCGGUUCGAUGCAGCUCGUGGCCUCGUGCCUUGGCCCUGGCUGCCUGCAUGUCAGCGCGGCGGCUGCAGAUGGAUCCACUUGGCACGGGCAUCGUCGCCAGCUCGAUGGAGAAAGGCUGGCAGUGGCAGCCAGCCCUGCAACUUCUCAAGAACACCGACUUGCAGAGCCUCCAGCGCAGCAGCUUUGUCCUCAGCCCUGUGGCCAGCGCCUGCGAGAAGUCGGCCUGUUGGCAGGAGGCCCUAGGCUUGGUGGCGGCCAGGCACCGCUACCUCCCCGUUCAGAGCACGAGAAGCACGGCCAAGGCUCGCAACAAAACCUUCAAAGCCUCCAAGGCAGACCCUCAGUCACCCGAGGUGUACCUCUUCAACGCAGCCAUCAGCGCUUGCGAGAAGUCCGAGGUGGAGUGGGCGAUGGCGCUUCAGGUUCUUUCAGUGGUGCCCUGUGCCCAUGUCCAGCCCGAUGUGGUGACCUUCAGCGCAGCCUUGAGUGCUUGCGAGAAGCCCGGCGAGUGGAGGCACGCGCUACAGCUUUUGGCCACGGCCGAGGGUAGGAAGGUCGCGACGAACCUGAUUUCCGUGAAUGCGGCAGUCAGUGCCUGUCACAAAGGAGAGGCCGCAGCACCUAUCUCUUCAGAUUGA